AGGUAGUUAUUAGCUAUGGAAAAUAUUGACAGUUACCUGCACAAAAAAUUUAAGAAGCAAGUUAAUGUCGAUGCGAAGAUUCAAAAUGACAAAGAAAAUAAAAAUGUUUCUUAUACGGAACAGAACGCGGAAAAAAUUGAGAAGAAAGAAAACCACAACCAAGUCGACCAUCACCUUUACGAGAUUGAAAGGUUCGACAAUAAAGAUAGUGUGCCAAAUCAAAGUACAAAUAGCUCCUCGUUUACAGUAAACGCUAACUUUGUUAAGUCUUCCAUAUCAGUAGGAAACCAACAACCUUCGAACUCUUACAUAUCAUAUGUAGUUUCGAAACAAUUUGACCAUCAACCAGUUAGUUUUGAUACGAAAUUUAAACCACAGACCAACUAUUUAGAUAGUACGUCUUCCAUUUUAGAUACUGUUUAUCCUACACAAAAUUACAAGUAUACGGAGGAAACGUAUGUUCCUUACACUCAACAAGAUGAAUAUUCUUCGAGAACUGAAGAUAUUCCCGGUGUUAAACACGAAGAAAUUCAGCCCACUCCUGAUAAGAACACCAACGGUAAAUAUGUAUGUCAUUAUUGUAAUCUAGUCUGUUCGAAACCCAGCGUCUUGCAAAAACAUAUUAGAGCUCACACAAAUGAAAGGCCAUAUCCCUGUGAAAGUUGCGGCUUUUCUUUCAAAACCAAAUCCAACCUGUAUAAACAUUGCAGAUCAAGAACUCACGCGAAUCGGCUAAUGGGCUCUAAAACUCAAGAAGCUACUAGCGAAAUUGACACUCUAAAAACACCUACAUACUCACCAAAUUAUAUAACUUCUAAAGAAGAACAACAGAAACCGUACAAACCUAGAUUCCAUACCACCAAAGUUUUUGACAAUAUAUCCACAGAAAAUACAGAGGAAGAGCCGUUCAGCCAGAAUAAUCCCACUUCAGAGUUUGUGACUCAUCAAAUAAACGAAAUUAUUAAUAGAAAUAAUUUAGUAGUAAAUUCCAAUAAUCAAUUUUUACAAAAAGAAGUUCCUCAACUCGAAUUUAGGUAUAACAAGGAACCAGUAUAUGAAAGACCAACAGAUGAACCAUUAAACUUGACUAAUAAGAAUCGAAAACGUUCUUUGAGUGAAGUCUCUGAACCAGUAAUUCAAAAAAGUUUGAUCAAAGAGCUACUACUCAAAAACCUUUCAUCCUCAGACAUGCAAUGUCCUUAUUGUAAAAUGAUAUUCCAAACUGUUACUGAAUUAGAUGUCCAUAAGUACAGAAGUUGUAAAGGAAAACCGUCAGGAGCCAAAUAUACCAGGAGUAGUUCAGUGAAUGUCGCUUCUAUUUUAACACACAAUAAGAACGCUUUUGAUAAUAUCCCGCAGUUGCAAAACACAGUGUUCCCUUUGAACUCGCCUGGACCAUUUUUAGGCAAAACUCGAUUGAUAGACAGUGAUAAAACUAAAUCCUUCUCUUUUGACAGUGGUCAUUUACCACUUAUAAGUCCAGGAGAACCUUCACCUUCUCCAAACUACUUGCUCUCUCCGAUACCAUUCGAAAAAGAUAAGAAAAGUAAGAUCAAACUAUUUGGUGGUGAAGUAAAAGUUCAUUCGUCAGGUGAAACAAAAAGUUUCAAAAUUGAUGGAAAAGAUGAUAAGUUCGAGCAAGAAAGUAACUAUGUAGAUUAUGGCAGCAAACUAAGCGAAAAUAGGGUUGUGAAAACUAGCUUGCAUUCGGGUGGUACUGUAUUAACUAAUAAUACUAAUUAUAAGCAAGAAAUAAAAACUCCACAAGAAGUUAUGAUGAUAUCUCCAAAUUUAGAUAUAGUUAAUUAUAAUAAAUCUAGGUUUACUUUCGAAAAACCUCCAGAAAUGAGUACAGAAAGGGUUCAAGAUAUAAUGGUACAGUCUUCUGAAAUCCUUAAAUCACCAAAAUUGUAUCCAGAUGAGUCCAGCCCUUUAUAUAAAAAUAUUAUGGAUUUUAGUCAAAAGGCAAUUAAAAUGUUAACACCAAAUAUAAGGCCGCCCAUAUUUCCCGCUUCUACUAAACCAAGUUUUAAUAAUGUAAAUCGAGAAAACAAGGGAGAAUUAAAAAUAGUGAAUCCAAAACCUAAAUUAACAGAAACAAACUACUUAGAAUCGAAACAACCUAAUUUAUAUAAUCCUCUUAAUCUGUAUGUAAAUGGAAAAGUAGUGAGACACGUUCCUGGGAUGCCUGGUCCAGUUGCACCUGAAACGUCCGAAUACAGUAGUAAUAUAGUAGCAGUUACAAAACCUUCACCACAGCCUACAACUCCACUCGCGCCACUAAUAAUUGAUCGACCUCGAUCCAAUACGAAAAUGAAUGACAAUCAAAUUGAAAGAGCAGCUGAUCGCGUUUUAUUUUUACAACCGGAAAAAGUUCCUGAAAGACCCAUUAAAUCUCCGAAUAAUGUUAUACAAAAUGAAAAAAAUAAUAAGAUAACUAAUAAUUUUUUACAGCCGGAAAAGAUUUCGGAAAGAUUAAGUAAAUCACCUAAAUUAGAUAACGCCGAUUUAGGGUCAAAAAAUAUUGUAAAUAAAAUAGGUGAUCAAAAGAUCAAUGAUGUUAAAUCUACAGAAGAAAUUAAAAAAUUUGCUCGACCCAAUAGUUUAGCUUUAAAACCCACCAUGGCUUCUUUAAAACAACAUCAUGGAUUAACUCCAACCAUGUUCAAUCAAAUACUUAUAAGUCCGGAUACACCUAGGGUAGCUAAAAAAUAUGCUGAACAUUUUCUUCAUGGAAACUACUUUAGUUAUUUGGGCUUGAAGAGUUCUACAAGACCUGUAUACUGUACUUUGAAUAAAACUCAACCGUUUUAUGUGCCAUUUUUUAAGAAAUUAAGUAUGUACUCGGAAUGGAGACAGCAGGACACUAAACAGGAUAAGCUGUAUGCGAGCCAAUACGAUUCUAGGCAAAAGAACCAGAGAUAUACCGUAGCUGGAAAGACUUCUGCAGACCUAAUCAUACAUUCUAGUUAUAAGUUUAUUAUUUCUGAAACAUCAUCAAAUUCUGAAAAAGAGGAUGAACCACAAAAAUCAAACGCUAUAUUAGGAGGUUAUGAAAGCAACGAUGAUUACAUUUACGUCAGAGGCAGAGGAAGGGGUCGCUAUGUUUGUGAUCAAUGUGGAAUACGAUGUAAAAAGCCUUCUAUGCUCAAAAAGCAUAUUAGAACACAUUCAAAUGAUAGACCAUAUACAUGCAGCCACUGUAAUUUCAGUUUUAAAACAAAAGGCAAUCUAACGAAACAUAUGAAGAGUAAAGCACAUUCCAAAAACUCUACUAAUAGCAAUGGGUCCUCAUCUUCUUCAGCUCAACAAAGUGCUCAGAGUUCAGAAUCUGAUACUGAUGAUAGUGGAAUGGACAGCAGCGAUGAAUCUACAAGGCAGCAAGAACAUGAAGCAGCAUAUGGAUUAUUGUCUCUUUCACAAAAGCCAAGCCAAACAUCCGAAGUUGAUAAGACACAACUGCACACUUGUCCUUCUGAAACUUUUAUGACUACAGAGGAAAUAGCACAUUUUUCAAAAUCGAACUAUGCCAAAAAUAAAAUAUUGAAUGAACCAAAUUCAACACGAAAUUCUUUUAAUUCUACGGAUUUAGAAAAAGUGAAUAAUGCAUUUGCAGUUACAGAAACAUCAGAAAGUCAGAAUAUACGGAUAUAUUUAGGAAUGGGUAGCAUUAGUAGACCAUUAACGUAUCCAUACACAUCCAUUUUGUCUGUGGAAAAGGAAGCCUUACCGUCCCCUAAAGGAUUCGAAGUUGAGUCUAGAAUACCAGAAAACGUUUCUGUUAGUCCUGAGGUCAAGUCUAUUAAACAAUUCCAUGUUAUUCAAAAGUAUGCAUCGCAACCAAAAAUAUCGCCCAAGAUAUCGGAAAACAGUGUUAGAGAAACUGUACCAAGAAAAACGGAGUAUAAUUAUUCUACAGCAGAUAAUGUAAUAUUAAAUAAUGUGAAAAACAUAGUUACUAACCCUAAUAGACCUCUGCCUACAUUAAAAAUAAACGAUGUUGUAGUAACAAAUGACAAUGUUAGUGAUAUAAGGAAACGAAAAUUUCCUGUUUCUGAACCACUCUCUAAGAAUAAACUACAAAGAAACGACGAUGUCAUAGAUUUGUCAAUGACAAACAAUCAAGAAAAAAUUGUAAAUGGAUUGGCAGAAGAUAGGAUUUUAAACAACUGUAUGCCAUUGGAAUCGCUUAAGGAUGAUAGCUUAAGGUUAACAGAAUCAAAAAAGAAAGUCGAUAAUUUCAGGCCCUCAGAACCUCAGGAAAAUAUUGACUGUAUGCCAGUGGAAACCCAAAAGAAUGUUGCCAACGAAAUAUUUAAUACACUACAUAAGGUUCCUUCUCAGAGAUUUGAAAUGAAUGAGGAGCAGGAAGAACAUUUAGUAUAUAAACCUACUGAAUCAACUAAUAAUAAUGGUACAGUCAUAAUUCUUCGAGCGUUGCCAUCAGAAGAACAAGUAAAUAUCAACUAUCAUGAUAUUAAUAAUGAAGAAUCAAUCAAAGGUGGGCCAUAUGACAACAGUGCAAUGGAAACUCUUGCAGAUAUAGCGACAAAGCAAGUGAAAUUAGAAAAAAAUACGCUAGCAAAAAGCGUUGCUAGCGAGUUCCUUAAAUUAGCUACUAAAAACGAAAAUAUGGAUGGUUGCAGAGAUUCUGUUAAUUUCGGACCUGUUAAUAAAGAUGUCAAUGAGAUAAUGGGGAAAUCCGAAGGAAAUAAGAGUUGUACUAUUUGUUCCAAAAGCUUUAAUAAACCAUCUCAACUUAGGUUACAUAUGAAUAUACAUUAUUUAGAAAGGCCUUUCCGCUGUGAUUCAUGUUCUGUAAGUUUUCGAACCAAAGGACACUUACAAAAACACGAACGAAGUGCUAGUCAUCACAAUAAGUUAUCAUCAUCCCCGGCUCUUUCUUCUUCAGAACCUAGGCCAUUCAAGUGUUCAGACUGUAGCAUAGCUUUUCGAAUUCAUGGGCAUCUUGCUAAGCAUUUGCGUUCGAAGAUGCACAUACAGAAACUUGAGUGCCUAGCCAAAAUUCCUUUUGGUCUCUACGCUGAACUGGAGAGGUCCAAUAGUCUAUUGACAGAGAUAAAUACUUGCGAUGGGGACCAGUGCCUUGAAAGUUUAAAGACUUUAGCUAAAAAAGUGUUUGUCAAUGAUCCCAACAAACUGAACCAGUUAGAGCCACGAGAAAAUAUUAGCGCAGAUUAGUUAAGAAAUUGUAUAUAUUGCUAUUUACUGCUGAAGACUGAAUAUAAUACAAAAUCUAUUAAAAAG